AUGGACACAUAUCUUACCAAGAGCAAAGCCUCUUUGGCCGUGAACGAGUCGAGGUAUGUGCCAACCGCAUUGAUCGCCCCUCCGCCGCUUUCCGAUCUGGGACUGGACUCGAGCACGACCCGGAGCCAUGAUCUUCCCCCACAGCUCCAACGCACCUCGAAAAAAACGUCCCAAGCAGCGACAUCUCGAAGGAAGACCGACCGUAGCUUCCAAUGCGGCAGCUCAAGCUACAACCUCGACCUCGACCGCGAAGGCUGGCAGCAUCCAGUCGAACGCUUUGCUCGCGGGCGGGAUCAAGGCCACCAAUGCGCCGCUGUUGAAACAACUCGGUACCGACGAAUCCGCCAUCACCAAUUCGACGGCGUACAGUCGCACGUUGCAUGUUCAGGUGCGAUGGCGUAGCAGUUUGACUUCUCUUGAAUGGAAUCUGACGUGUUCUGCUCGCCCAAACAGAGUGUCGCCUCGGGGCAUCAAUCCGGUGGUGGUGGGCCAGGGGGGACCACGAAAUGGAUGGUCCACCGCAAUACCAAACUCAAGAACCAGGCACCGGAUGCAGAGAGCGAUCUCUUCAAGGGCCUUGUAUUUUAUAUCAAUGGCCUGACGGGUCAGUUCAUGCUACUGUGGCUUCCUUGACUCCACCUCCUGAUCCCAGCUUCUGAAAAUUGUACGACGCCUUGGACUGGACAGGCAAAAGCAUCACGAACCAACAACUCAAGAGGCUCAUACACGAGAAUGGAGGAACGAUGAAGUACGAGUGUUCUCAAUCUUGCUUCCCUCGCUGGUUCUCACUAAUCAAAUUCCACACCCGAACCACACCAACAGACUCAUCGAAUCCGCCGCUGUGACCCACGCCUUCGUCUCGAACCUCUCCGGAUCCAAACUCCAACGCGUAUUGACCAAGAAAUGCAACAAAAUCAAAUACGUCACCGUUCAAUGGGCGAUCGAAUCCGUGCGCUGUGGGAAGAGGUUGAGGGAAGCGGAUUUCGCGGCUCCUAUUUUUGCUGAGGUGAGGAGGUCUUCGCCUAGAUCCCGAAAGCUCUAGGGAAGCUCGCUGAAUGAGGCAGUGAUGAUCAUAGACGCAAAGCUCGGUAAUGGAUCACUACGCGAAUGAAGACAGUCGAACGAUCAUCCUCGACGACGAUGGGGAGAUCGAUCUCAAACGAUCAAAGGAGACGAGGAAGAGCAUUCCGCGGCGCAGCUUGAACCAUCCCUCUGCGUUCGAGACAUGUCAUGAUCUCCCUCCUCCAUCGGCCGCACCCACGGAGGCUUUGCCGAGGCUACCCCCUCCAAAAGGACUGAUCAAGGAGGAGGAUAGGGACAAGGUAGAGACGGUCGUGCUGUCGUCUUCGUCGCUUUUGGUUAUUGAGGACGUGCAGCCGGGGAGAUUGGAUCUAGGCGAAAAGUCGGAGGAAGAAGAGGAGGAUGACCUGGACGAGUGGGGGAUGCCUCCUUCGGCUCAGAAGUGUCGACGGUAG